AUGUCAUUACCUCAAAAUGAGACGAUAUUUUACGCAUUUGAUGAGCCAAGAAACACAACAACAGAUGACACUAUUCGCCCAGAGGUGGUCAUUGUGCCUGUAGUAUUUGGAUGUAUAUUUCUCUUGGGCAUUGUUGGAAAUACAUUGGUGAUCACAGUAAUUGGGAAAAUUAAGUCCAGGCGCUCUCGAAGUACCACUAACAUUUUCAUCUUGAAUCUUAGUAUUGCAGACUUGACUUUUUUACUGUUUUGCGUCCCAUUUCAAGCUACAAUAUAUAGCCUUCCCGAGUGGAUUUUCGGGGCUUUCAUGUGCAAAUUCGUCCACUACUUUGUGACGGUGAGCAUGCUUGUGAGCAUCUUUACUCUUGUGGCUAUGUCUAUUGAUAGAUACAUCGCUGUUGUGCACUCGAAGAAAUCGCCAUGUAUACGCAACAAAAGGAAUGCACUGAUUGGAGUUUGUAUCAUUUGGGUGCUCUCCGUUGUCUUUUCUAUUCCAAUUGCCCUACAACAGAUACUUACCGGUCAUCCUGAAGCUCCCAAUAGCACAUUUUGUUGGGAGAUAUGGACCGACAUUCCGGCGAAACGGACGUACAAAGUGUCUAUUUUAGUGAUUGGGUAUCUGUUACCACUGUGUUUGAUCACGUGCUGUUAUACAAAGGUCCUGUAUCAUCUACACAAAAAGAUGAAGAACAUGUCCAAGAAGUCGGAGCGUUCAAAGAGAAAGACAGCCCAGACGGUGCUGCUGGUGGUGGCAGCCUUCCUCGUCUGCUGGAUGCCGCACCACAUCAUUGCCAUGUGGGUGGAGUUCGGCCGCUUCCCGCUCAACGACGCCUCCUUCGCCUUCCGCAUCGUGUCCCACUGCCUGGCCUACGGCAACUCGUGCGUCAACCCCAUCCUCUACGCCUUCCUGUCGGAGAACUUCCGCAGGGCCUGCCAGCAGGUGUUUGCCUGCCACUUCUUCUACCCGCCGCCGCCCGCCGAGAAGGUGGUGCGCAUACGCAUGGAGAACUUCACCACCACCACACAGUCCACCACCAACAUAUGA